AUGAUGAAGUUUCUGCUAAUUGCCGCUUUCCUUCCGGCACUGAUCAAUGGUAUUGCUGUGAGACCAUGCCCUAACAACGCACCGGUGCCGCAGGACGUACGUGUGGUGGGUUGCACGGCUGAGCCAUGCGUGGUUCAGAUUGGUGGAGUGGUCGAUAUGGAUCUGGACUUUGUGGCUCCUCGGGCCAGCACUGGUAUGCGCGCUAGUCUGAACAUUUUCCUCGGUGACUUCCGCGUACCGUACGAGCUGCCAGUCGAUCAGCAGAACGCUUGCAACUUCCUGGAAGCAGGAGAUUGCCCAGUGUCGGCCGGAGAAUUCAUCAACUACCACCUGAGCACGCCGGCGUCCGCCCCGUUUGCGGGUAUCACCGUCGAUCUGCAGCUUCAGCUCUCUGACGACAGCGGAGAGCCGCUAAUUUGCUACCGAUCUUCGGCUACCAUCGUUGCUGCGUAG